AUGGGGUUCUCUAAAGGUUAUGGAGGAUAUAUCACGUCUGGAGGGUCUGCGGGGACACUCCAUGCCGUCACCGCAGCAAGAGAGAAUGCUAACGUUUUGGCCAAAGAUUACCACAGCAUAGUAAUCUUGAAGAAUGGUGGACUACUGAAAUCAUGCUGUGGCAUCAACAAUGGGUAUUUUGAUUCUGAAUUUCCAUCAGAAGACUACCCUAUUGAUAAAGACCCUUCUGUUGAUAAAGACUCUCCUGUUAAUGACGACUUUCCUGUUGAUCUCUCAAUUGAAACAAGUGAACCCUUCAGAGCUUUGGUUUUAUGGUUACCAUUAAAACUACAUGGUGUUGGAGCAUUCAGAUGUCUUUUGCAAGAAAAGGUCUUCCUCGCAGGUUACGUUUUCAGGACCAUAAAAGAAAUGCCAGGUUUUCGUGUUGGUCCCUAUCCGCAGCUGACCGUUGUACUGUUCAGAUAUGACACUGUAGAUAAAACAAAGAUUGACAACUUUAACCACAGGCUUCAGAAGAUAAUUAUGAGAGACGAGGGUUUCAACCUUUCUGCGAAUCUUAUCAACGGUGAAGUUUAUCUUAGAGCGUGUAUAAUCAACAUGCACUCUGACAGACAGGAUGAACGCAAUCAGGUGAUAACAGUAAAGGUAUGGGUUGAACUGAGUUGGAAUGAUGAAUUAUUGCGCUGGAAUGCAUCGGACUAUGGAGAACUUGACAGUGUUCACAUACCCAUUUCGAAAUUAUGGCAACCGGAUAUAACCUUAUACGAAAGCGUUGCCAGCGAAUUCGAACGACACUUCUCCACAGAUGUACAGGUGCAAUCGGACGGAACUGUGUCCGCACCUCAGCCGAUGGUUUACCACGCAUCCUGUCCAAUAGACGCCACAUAUUUUCCGUUUGAUCAGCAGGAGUGCGACUUAAAAUUUGGAUCAUGGAGUUACGAUGGUUCAUUAAUAGACCUAGAAAUUGACCCUACAUCCGGGUCGUUGAGUAAUUACAUACCGAAUGGUGAAUGGAAUCUCUUGACAGUGCCAAUUAUAAAGCACGCGGUGUACUACACGUGCUGCCCAGAACCUUACCCUGAUAUUACGUACACGUUGGUCAUGCGACGAAGGUCUCUGUUUUACAUAUAUACGCUACUCGUGCCAGUCAUGCUGAUGUUUAUCGUGAUUUUCGUAGGAUUUUACUUGCCGACAGAAUGUGGCGAAAGAAUGACCAUAUUUGUCACCAGUAUGCUGUCACUAAUUGUGUUCCUGACCGUAGCAAGUGAAUAUCUACCACCUACCUCGGAGACUACGCCCUUCAUACAAAAAUACGUGAUAUCAACGAUUGGACUUGUCGCAUUAUCCUCAGUUCUUACGGGAUUUACAGUCAAUUUACAUUACCAAUCACACGACUGUGCACCGGUACCUAGGCGACUGAGAACCAUUGUGUUCAAGUACUUGGCGGUUGUAGUUUUUAUGCGACGAAAAACAAGAUUUUUCUUGGAAAAGGCAGACAACAUAGCAAACAUAAAAAGCAAAGAAUUAAACAACGCAUUAAACGAUGAAAAUACAGCAGAAAUCGAUAAAGUUCAGACCAGCGAGUGUUCUAAUAACACCAUAUAUAACAAUGAUAACAUCCGGGAAUGGCAGAUGUUGCUUGGUGUCAAGCAUGCUGCGAAGGAAAUAACUGCGUAUACCAUCGCUGUGUCGCCAGAUGCUAUGGUGUACAAAUAUCAUGUUGUAUUGAGAAUCCAUUAUGACAUAGGGGUGAACUUGGAAAGACAAAGACAAGUUGAAAUGAACGAACAGUUGGCACGAAAUCACGCUAGAAUCAUACAUAUUAUUCUUACAGUUGCUGCCUCGAACUGGGAAGUGUCAUCUGAAUUGGUAGAGGGACUACUUAGUAACUAUCCUAAACAUGUGCGACCUGUUAAAAACAAUUCCAAACCAAUAACUGUUGAGCAUAAACUGUUACCAAUACAGAUAUUGGAUGUCGACGAGAAGAAUCAGAUUUUAAUCUUAAAAGUUUGGAUAAAUCAUAUGUGGUAUGAUGAUUUUUUAACUUGGAAACCUGAAGAUCAUGGCGAUAUUGAAGAUAUAGUAAUACCUGUAUCUGAGAUAUGGCAGCCUGAUAUUACUUUGUAUCAGAGUGUGUCCGAAAAGUUCGAUCGUCACGUUAACACGGAUGUGUCAGUCACGUGGGAAGGCUACGUGAAAGCGCCUCAGCCAAUGAUAUUGCAGUCCACAUGUAGCAUAGAUGCCACGUACUUCCCAUUCGAUAUCCAGGUGUGCGAGUUGAAGUUCGGUUCCUGGAGUUAUUCUUCCAGCAAGAUCGAUAUAGUUGUGCACCCCCUCAGUGCAGGGCUUAGCAACUACGUCACCAAUGGGGAAUGGGAUUUAUCGAGCUUACAUGUCGUCAGAAAUAAUAUAAAGUACGAGUGCUGUACGGACAGUUACCCAGAUGUGACGUAUACUCUUUACCUGCGUCGACGACCACUUUUCUAUAUUUUCAAUAUUGUUCUGCCAGGAGUAUUGCUGUUCAUACUGGUUCUGGUCGGGUUCUAUUUGCCGUCUGACUGCGGUGAACGGAUGACGCUGUUUGUGACCAGUAUGUUGGCAUUGAUGGUUUUCAUGACUAUUGUAUCUGCUAACAUGCCACCAAACUCGACCACAACUCCGUUUAUAGAGCAAUAUUACAUCAUCACUAUCGCCAUGGUAGUACUGUCUUGUAUCGUCUCUGCGUGGACUAUCAACAUUCAUUUCCAGGGACCAGCCUGUCACGCGGUGCCCACGUGGGUACGAACUGCCGUGUUCGGUUAUUUAGCUUCCGUUGUUAUGAUGCGCAGAUAUUGUGCGCAGUACUACCCGGAUAGGAACGGGUCUCACUCGCGCAGCUACGGAGAAUCGUAUGACGGUAACGCUGCCGUGGUUCAGCCUCUCAAGCAAUGCACCGGUAAAGGUACAAAUGGUAAAAGUAAGGGGGACGGUUGCAUCGGGAACAUUAGCAGCGAUUGCCGAAAGAUGUCACCGGAAGUAAAGCUAGAAAUGGCGAAAUCAACAAAUGGCGAUAAUGGAUCCACAGAUGACAAAGACAUGUUUGUGAAAAAAGUUGAUGAGUGGAGAGCCGUGGCACGUAUAAUAGACAGAGCAUUUUUGUUCUUUUACAUCAUUGUGUUUCUAGCAAUUACGUUUGGAUACGUACUGUCUCUUUAUGCACAUGGCGAACAAUACAAAUAA